UCCGGGACGGCGACGCGGCACGCCGGCGGCACGACCCGACGAGCGAGAGUUCCGCAGCCCGCCGCAGCCGCCGCCUCGCCGGGGCCGGGCCGGAGGGCGCAGCGGCCGGCGAGCGGCCUGCGAGUCGGCCCGGGCGGCGGGCACCGAGCCAGCGUCCUGUCAGGCGGCCGAGGGCGCCGCGGACCGCGCCAAGAUGAUGCCGAUGAUAUUAACCGUGUUCUUGAGCAACAAUGAGCAAAUUUUAACAGAAGUUCCUAUAACACCAGAAACAACCUGUCGAGAUGUGGUAGAGUUUUGUAAGGAACCGGGAGAAGGCAGUUGUCAUUUAGCUGAAGUAUGGAGGGGAAAUGAGCGCCCCAUACCCUUUGACCACAUGAUGUAUGAUCACCUGCAGAAGUGGGGGCCCCGCAGGGAAGAAGUGAAGUUUUUUCUCCGGCACGAAGACUCCCCAACGGAGAGCAGUGAACAAGGUGGCCGUCAGACCCAAGAGCAGAGAACUCAAAGAAGUAUAAUGAGUGUACCUGGAGAAAAACGCACUGAAAAUGGUGGGGUUGGUAAUACCCGUGUUGAACUUACCCUCUCAGAGCUCCAAGACAUGGCAGCCAGGCAACAGCAACAAAUUGAAAAUCAGCAGCAAAUGUUGGUUGCCAAGGAACAGCGUUUGCAUUUUCUAAAGCAACAGGAGCGACGCCAGCAACAAACUAUUUCUGAAAACGAGAAGCUUCAGAAAUUGAAAGAGCGAGUUGAAGCCCAGGAAAACAAGCUGAAGAAAAUCCGUGCCAUGAGGGGACAAGUGGACUACAGCAAAAUUAUGAAUGGCAAUCUGUCUGCUGAAAUAGAAAGGUUCAGUGCCAUGUUCCAGGAAAAGAAGCAGGAGGUACAGACUGCAAUUCUAAGAGUUGAUCAGCUUAGCCAGCAACUGGAAGAUUUAAAGAAGGGAAAACUAAAUGGGUUCCAGUCUUACAAUGGCAAGUUGACAGGACCAGCAGCGGUGGAGUUAAAAAGACUAUACCAAGAGCUACAGAUUCGCAACCAGCUUAAUCAGGAACAGAAUUCUAAACUCCAGCAGCAGAAGGAACUCUUAAAUAAGCGCAACAUGGAAGUGGCCAUGAUGGACAAGCGAAUUGGAGAACUGCGUGAACGUCUUUAUGGCAAGAAAAUUCAGCUAAACCGUGUGAAUGGCACAUCGUCACCACAGUCCCCCCUGAGCACGUCCGGCAGGGUUGCUGCCGUGGGGCCUUACAUCCAGGUUCCCAGUGCUGGGAGCUUUCCUGUCCCAGGGGAGCCCGUAAAGCCCCAGUCUCUCACCAUCGCCUCCAGUGCUGCCCACGGAAGACCAAAACCCGAUGGCCAUGGUAGACCCAGAGUGAGCAGCAUGUGGACAGUGUCAGACCUGGACGUCGGGCCUGGCUGUGGCUUGUCACGGCACCCUGCAAGCCUGCUUGUGAACCCUAAUGAUGGAAGCUGGCCAACAUUAAAGCAGAAUUCUGGCUCUUCAGUGAAGCCAGCACAGAUGUCCAGUGCGGACUGGAAGGACCCAGGCAUGGAGGGGACCCUCAAGCAGGGUGCUAUCUCAAGCCAGCCGGUACCUCUGUCAGCUCUGGGAGCCACGGAGAAGCUGGGCAUCGAGAUUGGUAAAGGCCCACCUCCCAUUCCUGGUGUAGGAAAGCCACUGCCUCCAAGCUAUGGGACAUACCCAAGUCCUACGCCGCUCGCCCCGGGCUCAACGGGCUCUCUGGAGAGGAGGAAAGAGGGCAGCUUGCCCAGACCCAGCACUGGCGCGCCCAGUCGGCAGAAACCCAUGUCGCUGUCGCCAGCGGGCAGCGCCCCCCCACCUGGCUCCUCACAGCAGAUUCAGCAGAGGAUCUCGGUGCCACCAAGUCCCACCUACCCACCAGCGGGGUCACCUGCAUUUCCAGCUGGUGACGGGAAACCUGAGCUCCCACUGACGGUGGCUAUCCGGCCCUUUCUGGCUGAUAAAGGGUCAAGACCACAGUCUCCCAGGAAAGGACCCCAGACAGUCAAUUCAAGUUCCAUCUAUUCCAUGUAUCUCCAGCAAGCCACGCCACCUAAGACGUUCCAGCCAGCAGUGCAUGGCACCUUAAAUAAGUCCGUUAAAGCAGUGUACGGCAAGCCCGUCCUACCGUCGGGGUCCGCGUCUCCGUCCCCCUUACCCUUUCUUCACGGGCCGCUGGGCACCGGCACAUCGCAGCCUCAGCCGUCUCCAGAAUGUGCCGACAGAGAGCCCGAGCCAGAGGGCCCGGCGGCGCCCGGAGAGGGCAGCGCGGUGGAGAGCCUGCCGCGGCCGCUGAGCCCCACCAAGCUCACGCCCAUCGUGCACUCGCCGCUGCGCUACCAGAGCGACGCCGACCUGGAGGCCCUCCGCAGGAAGCUGGCCAACGCCCCCCGGCCCCUGAAGAAGCGCAGCUCCAUCACAGAGCCCGAGGGCCCCGGCGGGCCCAACAUCCAAAAGCUGCUCUACCAGCGCUUCAACACGCUGGCCGGCGGCAUGGAGGGCACCCCUUUCUACCAGCCCAGCCCCUCACAGGACUUUGGGGGCACCCUGGCUGACGUAGACAAUGGGAAUACCAAUGCCAACGUGGACGAGGCCGCGCCUGCGCAGCCCACGGCCCCACUCCCUGAUGAGCCCGCCCCCGCCUCGGAUGCCAAUGACAACCAGUUACCUUCCCCAGAGCCGCAGGAGCUCAUCUGUCCCCCCACCGCCCCCCACACCGCGGAGCCUGCCGAAGACAACAACAACAACGUGGCCACGGCCCCCUCCACAGAACAACCCCCCAGCCCCGUGGCCGAAGCCCCAUCUCCGGGGGAGGAGCAGGUCCCUCCAGCACCCCUCCCUGCUGUUGUCCACCCUCCAACAGCCUCUACGGGCAAACGAACCAACCUGAAGAAGCCCAACUCCGAGCGGACCGGGCAUGGCCUCAGAGUGCGCUUCAAUCCCCUGGCGCUCCUUCUCGACGCUUCUCUGGAAGGAGAGUUUGAUCUGGUGCAGAGGAUCAUCUAUGAGGUGGAGGACCCCAGCAAGCCCAACGACGAGGGCAUCACCCCCCUGCACAACGCCGUCUGUGCCGGCCACCACCACAUCGUGAAGUUCCUGCUGGACUUCGGGGUCAAUGUGAACGCUGCCGACAGCGACGGGUGGACACCGCUGCACUGCGCGGCCUCUUGCAACAGCGUGCACCUCUGCAAGCAGCUGGUGGAGAGCGGCGCUGCCGUCUUCGCCUCCACCAUCAGUGACAUUGAGACGGCUGCAGACAAGUGUGAGGAGAUGGAGGAAGGCUACAUCCAGUGCUCCCAGUUUCUCUACGGGGUGCAGGAGAAGUUGGGAGUGAUGAACAAAGGCACCGUCUAUGCCCUGUGGGACUAUGAGGCACAAAACGGCGACGAGCUGUCCUUCCACGAGGGGGAUGCCAUCACCAUCCUGAGGCGCAAGGACGACAGCGAGACCGAGUGGUGGUGGGCUCGUCUUGGGGACCGGGAGGGCUACGUGCCCAAAAACCUCCUGGGGCUGUACCCACGGAUCAAGCCCCGGCAGCGGACGCUCGCGUGAACGUCCCCCGGAGCACCGUCUCGCAGCCUCCCGGGAACCGCUGGAGGGGGUUCCGCAGCCCCCAGAAAGGCCAAAGCGAGGGUGGCCUCAUGGUGCUCAUUUCAGCAGACAGUGUCCACAAUGUGAAUCUGCACCUCCCGGGGGCCCUUCCUCCAGCCUCACGUUACUGAGGGAGGUACUUCUGCCUCCAAAACAACUGAAUUUUGCCAAUUACUGUAAAUCCAAAUAAAUAUCCAGCUUCCGAAACACCCACCCAUGUUGCCCGUAAGAAGUCCUGUCAUGCCAUCACCGCAGUGGCUGCCUCCCCUGCCCGAAGCUUCCCCCGCUAGCCGCCCUCCGCCCCAGCCCUCGGCCGGGGGCCUCCAGUCUGACCCCCCCCCCCCCCCCCACUCCUCACCCGGGGCAGGCCCCGGGGCCGCCUGACGCACGUGUCCCCUGGGCGGGCAGAUGGCGCGUUCUGCCUCCGGCUGGCGCCACACACAGCCAGUCCCCCCCCCCCCACGUGGGCACACGCGCCUCUCGCUGCGCAGGUGGGGCUGGCCUCAAAGAUACUGGAGCCUGGGCAGGGAGGGGCCGGGCGGGGCGGGGCGGCCACACCCUCACCCCGCCCAGCCUCCAGACUCCACGCGAGGCAGCGCUCACCGGGGCUGACUGCGCAGACGAGGUUUUCAUACACCAACAUGAGGGUUCAGUUGAGCUAGAAAGGUUUCCUCCUCAUUCACUCGAGCCCUGGGCGUCGCUCCUCAUGGCGUCUUGUGUGGUCCGCGCACGCUCAGUGCACGCAGCGCCCGCUGUCGGCUGUCCAGGGCGGCACCCGGUGCGCCCGCCCCGCCCCGCGCACGGGCAGCGGCGCUCCCACCCCCGGCUUCACGCCCUGUGUCCCCGAGGAAGAUACCCAACGCAGACACGCAAGAUGUGUGGACAGUGGGCCGGAGCCUGGCGGGUACUUUCAAAAUAGGUUUAAUUGUACGCUUUAUGUACAAAUGGCUGUACAGUCAUCUUAAUAAAAGUGAAAUCGUAAGUAAAAGGUAGA